UUCCUCCACGCCUCCUCUCUCCCCAGAUGAAUACCGCCUGCUCCCGCACGCUAUUACUCUUCACGUACCCGGCGACCUCCGUUACUUUACCCCCGGGGACGCGGUCGGUUCUCCGAGUCCCACUGAGCCCGGUUACUCCCGCCUUGCCGCCGCGACUCAAGCGGUCCCCGGGCUCCCCCUGGGGACGGUGCGCCGCGCUUCGGGCGGCGGGGGGUCCCCUCGGGUCCUCCCACCUCACCCGAGCCGAGCGGGGCCGAGCCGAGCGGGGCCGAACCCAGCCCUGCCAAGACGCGCCGAGCCUAGCGGCGCCAUGCUGGGCAUGAUCAAGAACUCCCUGCUGAGCACGGUGGAGGCAUGGCCCUACCAAGUGCUGAGCAAGGGGGAGAAGGAGCAGCUCAGCUACGAGGAGAGGGCGUGCGAGGGCGGGCGGUUUGCCGUGGUGGAAGUGCUGGGGAAGCCGUUCGACGAAGCCUCGAAGGAAGGUGUGCUGAAGCUCCUCAAGUACGUCGGAGGAACCAAUGACAAGGGGAUUGGUAUGGGCAUGACUGCUCCUGUCUCCAUCACUGCUUUUCCUGCUGAAGAUGGCGCUUUACAGCAGAAAGUGAAGGUCUCUCUGCGGAUCCCAAGCCAGUUUCAAGCCAACCCUCCUUGUCCUAGCGAUGAAAGCAUUAAGAUUGAAGAGAGACAGGGGAUGACCAUUUAUUCCACGCAGUUUGGUGGCUAUGCCAAAGAGACGGAUUAUGUCAACUAUGCUGCCAAGCUGAAGUCUGCUCUGGGGAGUGAAGCUGCAUACCACAAGGAUUUCUACUUCUGCAAUGGUUACGACCCCCCUAUGAAGCCUUAUGGGCGACGCAAUGAGGUCUGGUUUGUGAAAGAGUGAGCAUCUGGCUCCCCAUGGUGCUGGCUUGCACCCAUAACCUCCCCCUACUAUGUUCCUGUCCUCUUCAAAAUAAACUACUAAUUUGGCAGAGGCA